UCGUAAUGACUGACGUUGUUAUUGAUCCGCCGAGAUAAUGAUAAACCUCAGUCCGCCCACGCGCACUAUGAUAACGGUGGACUUGUUGAUCAGUGGCCGUCGAGUUUGAGUGCCACAGCUUGCGGCAGCUGUUGUGUGUGUUGCCGGAAUCUAUCAAUCUGUGUGUCCCGACCCAUUGCGCGGAAGCCAUUACGGCGGUGAUGCUGCUGUGCUCGACAUCCACGUCCGGGUGAGUGCUAGUGGGACGCGCACGGGCGCCACCACAAUGUCGGUCGCCGUCGCCCUAACCGCGCUGGUCGCAUGCAGUUCCUGUUGCUUAUUUACAGCCACCGCCGAUUCGGGUUCCGAUCUGGUCAGUAGUGACUACUCGUCGCUGGCAACCGACGACCAGCAGCCGCAACAGACAUCAUUCCAGUUGCAACAGAUGGCUUCCAACCAGCCUUACGGUCAAAUUCAAGUGGAUAAUAUYGAUAAUUCGAAUGUUGAUGUUUUUCAUCAAUUCCAUUUUCAUGAAUCUUCUGAAUGGCCUUUUCCACAUCAAAUUGAUAACAGUAUUGGGCAAAUAUCUGGAGUUUCCAUAAGCAAAGACAAUUUUGUGUAUAUAUUUCAUAGGGGUGAUCGAGAAUGGAAUCAAACUACAUUUUUUCAAAACAAUGUGUACAGAGAAAAACAUAAAGGACCAAUUUCUGAACAGGUAGUUGUUGUAUUGGAUCCAAAAAAUGGUUCGGUAAUUAAAAGAUGGGGAGGUCACAGAUUUUAUAUGCCUCAUGGCAUUACUGUUGAUCAUGAAAAUAAUGUUUGGUUGACUGAUGUGGCUCUUCAUCAAGUUUUCAAAUUYAGCCCUAACUCUGAAAAUGUAUUAAUGACCUUUGGUACGGAAUUUGUACCUGGAAAUGACUUGGACAAGUUUUGCAAACCUACAUCUGUAGCUGUAACAACUAGYGGUGAAUUCUAUGUAGCAGAUGGAUACUGUAAUUCACGUAUUAUUAAAUUUUCUGCUAAAGGACGAGUACUGUUGGAAUGGGGCCGAUCCACUUUAGUCACAGGUGAGAUGUUUGUGCCCCCUUACCAACUGUGGAUCCCACAUGCUUUGACAUUAGCUGAAGACAAAGAAUUAAUAUGUGUAGCAGAUCGUGAAAAUAGCAGAGUAUUAUGUUUCAAUACCAACAAUGGAACCUUUAAUUUUGAAAUUAAUCCACAAUUAUUUCAACGUAUAUUUAGUGUUGCAUAUUCACCAGUGGCUGGUGGAUUAUUUUAUGUACUUAACGAUAAAAAUAUGGAUGUAAUAACUGAGACAUUAGCACAAGGAAUUGUCAUUAAUGCUUCAACAUUGGAAAUAAUUGGAAAAUUCCAUCCUAAAGAUGACGAAUUUUCACGACCUCAUGACAUGGCUGUAAGCCCAGAUGGAGCAUCUGUUUAUGUUGUGGAACUUAUAAGAUCUCAUAUACGAAAGUUUGUGUUAGAUUCAGAUAUCCAAAACAAAUUUAUAAACAAAAGUGUUGAUACAUUUAGUGUUUCAGAGCAAGAAUUAAUGUUGAAUAAAUACAAUGUGCUAGAAAAUUGUCCUGGUCUACGAGAAAAUUCUGGAAAACAAAUUUUAGUGAUCAUGUUAAUAAUUGCUGUGGGUUUGUUUUUCACUGCUGCUAUAUUCGUAACUGUUUUGAUAUACACAAGAACUAAAUCAAUAGCUCACCGCAAAGACGCGGCUUUCAGUCGCUGGCAGCCUCGGACACUCAACACUGCAGAUGGAUUUACUUUGGGCAAUAUAUUCAAUAAGAAACAACGAGCUGGAUUCGAAAAACUUGCGACCGUGGAGGUGAGUGAAGAUGACGAAGAUGGCGAUGACGACGACAACGAUCUGAACGUGAGGGCUUAAAGAUUGAAAUAUUAUAAUAUAAUAAUAAUAUCUUGUUAGUAGAUUCGAUUUAUCGUUACAGUUAUUAUUGUUUGUAUUUUUAAUUUAUUGUAAAACCCUUUAUUCAAUGGACCUAUACUUAUAAAAUCCCAAUAUUUGUCAGCUAAACGUCUAUUUGCGUAUCGACCCGAGUAUCCAACCGCAUAUUAUACACACACAGGACACACCACACAUUAUAUAACACUAUAAAGUCUAAGUUUAUUAUUAUAACUAUUCUACUAAACUAUUUAUUAUUAUAACCGAACAGAGUUGAAAAUAUUAUUUGUAACAAUAUAAACGAUUAUUGRAAUAAAAAKAAAAAGAAAGGAAUUUAAAUA